UACAUAAUAAAAUGAACGAUCUCAACUGGGUUUCCAAAGCCUCUCUCUCUUUCUCUAGAGUUUAUUGAUCGGUUUUGGUUUCGGGGUCUUUCUUGAUCUUUUGUUAGGGAUUGGUUCUUUUGGGGUUUUGGGAAUUGCUUGAUUUUUGUGUUUUGGAGUUCAUUUUAUUGUUUUAGUUACCUUUUUGCUUGCUUGGUUGGUUGCCAAGAAAUGGUAGGAAAAUAACCAAAAACAAAAAUUUUCAAGUAAUUUAAUUUUAGAGAAUGCGUUGAUUCUCUUCCGGAAAGUCAAGUUAGUUAAUUGGUUCUAUUUUACUGAAAUUUUUUUCUUUAUCCUUAAUUAUAUUAUGGUAAUAGAGGGUUUUUGAGUUCAUAAGAUAACCUUUAGAAAUUUCCGACCUUUUCUUGGAAAGCAAACAAAAUUUUUGGCAGAUAGAGUUUUCAUUUUUUGGUUGAUUUUUUUCUUGGAAAUUUGGAUGGUUGUUGAAUGCAGCUUGGGCUAGUGAAGGUGAAAUUUUUUGGAAAUUUUCUGGGUAUAAAAAUUCAAGUACUUUGAGGGUUUUAUUGUUUAAAGUUCGAGGUCUGGGUCUCAUGAGACUUGGCAGGGGAAUGCAGAGAUUGUUUCGUGAGGAGGUGAACGUGCUGGGCGGGAACAAAUCCUUCAGCGAAGGGAUUGGCAUUACCACGCCCGUGGCAAGAACGCGUGACAAGCCUAUGAGUAGGGUUCUUGUUCUCUAAGUUUAGGGGGUUUUGGAAGGAGGAAUUAGGGCUAGGUUUUCUUAUUGAGAAUAGUUAUCGUCAAAAACAAUGACUCGCAUUUGGGUUCAACGAGGUUCCACUGGCAGCUCUUCUUCAAAUCCAACUCCUUCUUCUUCCUUGCCUGGGCCGUCUUCAUCUCGGGCAGAGCUACAAGUUUCUAAUCAUCAAGUUCCUUCGGCUGGGAAAGAUGAGGAAGUUAGUGAGGAAGUGCAGGAACAAGUUACUUCAGAUGAGCUUUUAGAGUGUUCCAGGAGUAGUGAAAAUAAGGCUGUGAAAAGUGAUGAUUCUUUGCUAGAGAACUUGCAUAAUGAUCGGAAUGAAACUUCAAGUGAGGCAAUUGCUAAGGCUGAGAAAGUACACUCUCUUGAUCCCUUGGGUCCAUGGGAUAUGAUGAAUGAUUUGGGUGGGUUGAAGAUUUCAGAAAAAGUUUUGGCCGAAACUGAAAGUUCAAGUUGUGAUCCCUUACCAAUUGGCAGUGGAAGUCCACUUCCACCUCCACCUCCUAUUCCACCUCCUAAACCUUCAGCAACAAAUUCAAAUUCAAGAAGAUCUGUCUCAGGAGGUUCAAAUACUGUUCGUGCCGGAUCAUCUAGAAGAACUGUUGCCUGGCCCAUUGUUUCAACAAGGUCGUCACCAUCUGGGUCGCGGCCUUCUUCUCCUAGAUCUCAUGGUGAGAGUGAGGGUUACAAUAGUGCUGAUGAGCAGAACCCAUGCUUCGUAUCCUCCUAUGAUGAUGCAGAAAGGGAACGCCAAUUUGAAAUUGAUAUUAGACGAGCAAAAGGUUUAGAAGUCAAAUGGAUGCUAGAAGAUGGAAAUUGCCUCUUCCGAGCUGUCGCUGAUCAAGUGUAUGGGGACUCUGAAGAUUAUGAUUCGGUUCGACAAAUGUGCAUUGAAUACAUGGAGCGAGAGAGGGAUCACUUUUCUCAGUUUAUAACAGAAGGUUUUACAUCUUACUGUAAGAGGAAAAGAAGAGAUAAGGUCUAUGGGAACAAUGUGGAGAUUCAAGCCUUAUCAGAAAUGUAUAACAGACCUAUUCAUAUCUAUUCCUACAGCAUAGAACCUAUCAACAUAUUUCAUGGAAGCUAUAAUACUGACACACCUCCCAUUAGGCUGAGCUACCAUCAUGGAAAUCAUUAUAAUUCUCUUGUUGACCCACGUCGUUUGACAAUUGGUGCCGGGCUUGGAUUUAGCUGUCUUCGAGGGGCAAAUGUGGACAAGGAUCAAGUCAAGGCUGCUAUUAAAGCUCAACAAGACCAACAGAUUGAUAAUGCACUCCUAGCUGAGGGGCGAUUUUACUCUGAUCUUGAGCUUACUGAGAAGGAAAUUGAGCGAAUGGUUAUGGAAGCUUCUCGAGCUGAGUACCUUGCCAAUGACAAGUUUAAGCCGCAAGUGGGCUGUAAAGAAUCAUCUACUUCCACCGCUGAACCAUCGUCAUCUGGAGCUAGGCCAUCAGGCAGUGAAACCAAAGUGGAGGGUUCAAAAGAGCAUGGUUUGCAGGAUAGUGUUCUCAGCAAUGGCAUUCAAUUACUGUUGUCAAUGGGAUUCACUUAUCUGCAGGCAAUUGAAGCUUAUAGCAUAUUCGGGGAUGAUGUAGAUUCCAUGGUCUAUUACCUCCUAGAAACCUGCAGUAGCAGCAGACGCAAAGGCAAGGCAACAGAAUGAAUCACAGACUAGUGCAAAAAAUCAGUACCAGGCAGUGUAGAGCGCCAUAUAAUUUCAUAGCAUCGGUUUCUUUAGGGUGCUAAUGUUGUAGCCUUGGUAAAAAUAAAACAAUCUCUAUUCACUGAAAGCACAUCAGACAGUUAGAUGUGUUGAUCUAAAUUCCAAGUUAAUAAAAUGAAUUUAUAGCUUAGAAAAA